AAGUCCCCUUGAGGUCUACAAUAGAAGUUUAGUUACUGGACUAUGGAAAGCUUAAGGAAAAAUUCAAAGUUAAAGCAAAAAAAUACAAAAAAAAAAACAAAAUGCUGACAGUUAAGCAAUUGAAAUCGAUUCAUGUUGCUUUGAUAGUGUGUAAAUGCUUAAACUGCGUGCUUAGGAAGUCAAGUAAAGUUAUUCUGAUUUUUUGGUUGCUUUUGCUGUUACGUUGCUUGUUUCUUUUUCGUAGUCAGAGCUAAAAGCGAGCCAUUCUCUUCAUGUUUAUUGGCAUUUAUUUUUGUGGUUGCAUGCUGCUGUUCUCUAGCACACACAUACUUUCACUUUAUUUUUCUAUGCCGCUUGAAUAUGUUGUGUGUACGUUUAACAGAUGCCCGCAGCAUAAGAAAUAAUGUGGAAAUGGGUGCGUGUGUGCGCCCAUAACAAUGAAGCUAUGGCUUUGACACCAACAUUACGCACAUUGCGUGAUCUCUCAGAAGCAAAGAGACAGAGUAAAAUUACUUUCUGGAUGCAGCGAGAGCAAUUUUCUCAAAAUUGCUUUCUCUGCUUAAUGUUUAUUGGUUCUUUCGACGAUUGCUUCUUCUCGUCUGCCAACAAUUUAAACAUUUCUCUCUAUCUGAGCUGUCAGCGCAGAAAAUGGAAUGUACUAGCAAUACAAUUGCUAGAGCUUUUUAUGUACAGUUUAUUCAAGAGCACAAAGCAUCUUUUUGUGCUUUUUUGACCUGGGACGUUUGUCGAGUGCCUUAAAUUAUUUAGCAGACAUUUUGAAAAGUUAUUAUUUAUUACCCGCCUUUCGUGGCUAACAGACACCGGUACUUAAGUGACGCCACAAUACCAGACUUAGAGGAGCGUGUUAUGGAAAGUAAUUAGGGAUUUUGUUAGUAGAACAGAAUUCCUGAAUUAGAUUUUCUUUUCCGAGUUCACUUUUAAGUAUUUAGAGAAACGGUGGUCACAGUUUUUUAGAAAUGUAUGUUGUGAGUAAAAUUAUUUUGUUUGCACGCAAAACACAAGAAAGGAUAAGCCGGUCAAAAUGACCGGUAAGAGAUAAUUUAAAUCAAAAAUUUUAUAAAAAUUUUUUAACCAGUCCACCAAUUUGAAUGCUACAGCUCCUAAAACCAACAGAUUAUAAAAUUAAGUAAAGUUAAACCAAUAUGUUAAUGCUAUAGACUCGGAUUGACGAAGGGACUGUACCAUGAAGAUGUAAAUGAACACAGGAGUGGAGUUGUACACAAAAACCCUAAUAAGUGUGGCAUAUUGUGAGACGAUAAAACGUUGGCACAAAAGCAACAUAAUCGAAAAAAAGUCAACUUUGGCUCAAAUCUUGCACAACAGUAACACUGCUAACAACCAAUUGCAAUUGCUGCACGUAAAUAAUCAAUGUUAUUGUUUUUGUCAGAUUUUCUCAAAGGGGGAGGACUUAACUUGUUCAAGUCUUAAAGAUAUUACAGAAAAUGCUAGAGAAUACUGUGAAAAAAAGGGAAUUCUGGAACAAUUUUCCACAAUGUUAUCGAUUUUGGAAAUUGAAAGCGACGACCCAGCUGAUACUCAAGACCAUAACAGAUAUUCGGUUCUGUCAGGGGACGACAGUUUUGAAAAUACAUACUUGUAUUUGGACCAAGAAAAUGACUACAUUUUAUUCCCAGAAAAGUGCACAUGUUCAGGAAGAAGUUCUUUUCAAAAUCAAUCAAUAAAUAUUGGUUGCACAAACCAAAUGGAUCUUCCAAGUAACAAUGAAUGUGUCUUGUCAGGAGAAAAACCUUUGGGUAGCGAAGAAAUAGGAAAUAUGAAUGAGAAUGAAGAUGACGCCAGAAAAAUUACUUCAACACCCAAAACUUAUUUGCUAAAAACAGUUAAUUCAACAAAUUCUUUUUAUGAAAAUAUUGACUUUUGCUCAACAAGAAACAAAAAUAUUUCUCAUAAUUGCACCAUUAAUGUUAGUAAUGAUUCCGAUUCUCUUAUAGAAGAAUACAAUGUAUUAAGAAAAAAAAUUUUAAUUUCAAAAUUGCCGACCAAACGACCCACAAUUGUAUCUCCAGAAGUUGAAGGUUUCAAACAAAGUGUAUGUAAGUACAAGAAAAUAGAUUGUGACAUUAAAUUCUCUAAAGAGGAAGAACUCUUUUUAUUAAGAAGUAGAGAAAAUCGAAAAAUGUAUUUAAAUUUCAUGCAAGAUCUUCUCAGGACCAAAUUUGGAAUUUUUAAUAAUGUCUGCCCAAUAAAUUUUAGUAGCCAUAAAUUCCACAAAAAAAAACUAGUUCUUUAUGCCAAAUGUAUGUAUUAUUUAAGUGGUUGCGGGGCGUAUAAAUUUGUAAUUGAUUUCGAUAGCAUCAUUACUGUGUACGCUUCCAGUUUAGAAAUCACUCACCCCAAAACUGCCAAAAAACAUCAACUCAGAGGAGUUCGCAGAUUGUUAGCAAAACAACAUAUUAAAUAUCUGCGGCCAACAAACUGGCGAGACAAAUUACUCAUAAAGCAAUCAAAGCAUUUAAAGGCACUAGGGAAUGACCAAGGAGUCGUAUCGAAAGAUGCAGCUAGAAGAAUAAAAUUUGAGCAAGUGCGGUCAAUUGAUAGAGAUGCUGACAGCCACAUCGAUAUUUGCAAAAUGUAUUUAGACAAAAAUUGGCGUACAUAUAUACAAAAAGUAGCGCUCCCACAAGAAAUUUAUUUGAUUUCCAAACGGCCAAUAGAAAUUCUCCAAGCCAAAAAUUUUGCUUUACUGAAACUUAGCCACAACACAUUAUUUUUUGAUGCCACUGGGAGCAUUAUGAGAAAGAUUGUGGAAAAAGACAUAAAAGCUUUUCAAAAAGACGAAGAAAUUGCAAGUUUCUAUAAACUGCAGGUGUGGAAGGCCAUUAAUAUUUCAAAAAUUGAUGACUUUUUCAUUUGGCUAAGGAUAGAGAUGCCACUGCACUGGUGUACGCGUUUCGAUUAUUGGUUAGAUUUUUAA